UCGCGUAAAUUAUAAUUUUUCUUAUUUUCAACGCUAGAUGUCUUUUCCAUGCUAAUUUUUUUUAUUUUCAGUAUAAUGGCAUUUCUGUCACUCAGACUGUUGUCACCGACAAGUCUUUUUCGGAAAUUUCUGCGUUUUCCGUAAUUUUUCCAAAGGCAACCCAAUUGUUAUGUCAUUUUCAUGUUCUUCAAGCUGUUGACGCCAGACUUGUUAAAGCUAAACUUCUUCCUAAUGAAAAAGAGGAAAUUUUUAACUAUUUCAAAAUGGCUUUGCAUGCAAGAAACUUGGAUGAACUUCGGAUGCAGCUGGUUAUCUGACAGCUCUAGAAAUUGAUGGUCUAGGAGAAUACUUUACAAAAGAUUGGUUUAAUGAACCUCAUCCUUGGUGCAUGAUGUUUCGUGACAAUAAGUUCACAAAAGGCAACAAUACAAACAACCGCCUUGAAAGAUAUCACAGCACAAUGAAGACUGUUACUGGUCAUCGAUCUUUAAGAUUCCCUGAACUUCUCCAAAUCAUUUUGGACAUUUUUUGUCUACGUAUGAUUGAUAGAGACAGGAAGGAAGUUGAAGCGAGUGUCAAAUUUCCUACACAAUCCAUUCCUUCUAUCCUGAAAGAUUUUUCUCAAAAAGUUACUCGGUAUGCGUUUGAGUUGGUAAACCAACAGAUGAAAUUGUCUAAAACUGGAUACAGCAUCAUUAAAACAGAUUCAUCAUUCCAGAUUACUUCUGGAACGAGUAAUUAUUGCAUUUCUCGUGACUUGUCACGUUUUUCUUGCACGUUUUUUGCUAACUAUCGCCUUCCGUGUCGUCAUUUGCUAUUCAUAUGUGUUGAAGAAAAUUUGACUCUUUCUUCUAAUUGCUAUGAUGCGUGCUGGAACCAAUGUUCAUCAAAUGAAAAAUCGUUUGAGGUUCCUAAGGAUGGCAAUACUGUUUCACCUAUAUCUGUUUUUGUUAAACAGCGACACGGAAAAGUCGUAACUAGAGAAGAUAUGUGGAAUGCCGCCAAUAAGUUAUCAAAGGAAUGGUGCAAUGCCGUUCAAGACCUUCCACUUCCAGCAUUCCAGGGUCAAAUAAACCUCAUGAAUAAAAUGCUUUCUGGAGCAAAGAAUUGUCAUGUUGUUUCGUUCGAUAUGAGUAAUGGCGCAUCUGUCGACGUAUCUGAUGAUGUCACAGAACAAUUAACUCCCUCUACAUCUAAAUCAUCGACUGUUAGUCGGAAGGGUAAAGCUUUGAAAAAGAAGUCAUUAGAUGAUUCCGCAUCGACAUUUGUAACCUCUCCUCCCAAUAAAAAAAAUUGUGUUCCGAGUACGUUGAAACAGUUGCAGUUGCCUUACCAAAAGCGCUAUGCUGGUCGUCCUCGCACAUCAAAGGCGAGUCAUUUUGCUGCCUACACUAAAGCUCCGAAAUCUUUUUUGGCCAAAAAUACUACAGAAAAAAAUAAAUGUUUUUGUCUUGGAUUAUUGGUUUUGAGAAGGUAUCUCUUAUUGUAGAUUUUGGAAGGAAGAUUAAAGAAGAAGAAAUCAUUAGCAUACCCGACAGUGUCAGCAAUGCAAUCAUUGAAAAAAUCAAGCAAUGCAAUCUUUCCUUGUAGUUUAUGCAAGAGAAAUAUUGAAAAAAACAAAUCUUCUGUUGGUUGUGAUUCUUGUCUCCAAUGGUAUCAUAUGGAUUGUGAAAAGUUGAGUCGAGUUCCAAAUUCCGAGAAUUAUUUUUGCAAGACUUGCCGUAAAUGAUCUUUUACUCAAUAGGCCUAAGUCAUGCAAGUUUCAAUUUCCAAAAUAUUUUUUUGCAAGACUUGCCGUAAACGUAAAUGUUCUUCUCUUUACACAAUAAGUCCUGCCUUUUCCUUUUUAUGCCAUUU